UGCUAAUCCACCGCAAAAGCAGAGAGCGAGAAUGCUGAUCUCCAAACGCUGGAGAUUGCGAUCUAUCAACCCUAAAUUCCAUGGUUUUCUCCCCAAAACUGGAUUUUUACCAGAAAUCUCAAGCAAGGGAUUGGGAAUAGUUUCCUGCAGCAGCGGCUACUUCGGCGGAUCCUCCAACAUCCGGCGACUCCUUCAAAUAUGCGCAAGGGAUCGACUGAUCAGAGAAGGCAAGUGUUGUCAUGGUUUAGCACUUCAAUCUGGUUUGCUCGUAGAUGUUCUUACUUGCAACAUUUUGAUCAACUUUUACUCCAAAUGUGGUAUCGUCGAUAUGGCUCGUCAGGUGUUUGAUAGGAUGCCCCAACGAAGUAUGGUCACUUGGAAUACCAUGAUUGCCGCACAUUCCCAACAGGGAGAGGGCACAGAGGCUCUCAACGUUUUCUUGCAGAUGCGUCGAGAAGGCACGUUGCCGAGUGAGUUCACAUUAUCGAGUGUGAUUUGCGCCUGUGCUGCUAGUUCUGCUAUUGCAGAAAGCCAACAGUUGCAUGCUUUGGCCCUUAAAGUUGCAAUGGAUUCCAAUGUGUAUGUCUGCACUGCAGUGGUUGAUGUCUAUGCUAAGUGCGGGAUGAUCCGUGACGCCCAGUUUGUUUUCAAUGCAAUGACCGAAAGAUCAUCUGUCACAUGGAGUUCUAUGGUUGCAGGCUAUGUGCAGAAUAGUCUUUUCGAGGAAGCGAUUUCGUUUUUUGGUUUCUCUGUUAAGAAGGGAGUGCAGUUGACAAAGUUCACACUUUCUGCCGUGCUUUGUGCAUGUGCUAGUCUUGCAGCAAUUACAGAAGGAACACAGCUCCAUGCAAUUGUAGUUAGAGCUGGUUUUGGCUCUAACCUCUUUGUGGCUAGCUCUCUCAUCGAUUUCUACUCAAAAUGUGGUUGCAUAAGCGAUGCCUACUUAGUAUUUGGUCAUAUUGAAGAAAAGAAUCUCAUACUGUGGAAUGCGAUGAUAACAGGAUUUUCCAAACAUGCCCGACCUUGUGAAGCCAUGAUACUGUUUGAGAAAAUGCAGCAACUAGGCCUGCAGCCGAAUGAAGUUACUUAUAUAUCUGUUCUGUCUGCGUGCAGUCACAUGGGUUUAGUCAAAAAUGGCCGUGGCUAUUUUGAUCUUUUGUUGAAAGGUAAUGCAGUUCGACCUAAUGUCCUUCACUAUUCUUGCAUGGUCGAUGUUCUUGGCCGGGCUGGGAAGAUUAAUGAAGCUUGGGAAUUGAUUAGUAGUAUGCCAUUCAGGGCUAUUCCAUCCAUGUGGGGAUCCCUGCUUAAUUCAUGUCGUGUGCAUGGUAAUAUUGAAUUGGGAAGAGUCGCUGCUCAGCAUCUUUUUGAGCUUGAACCUGAUAACGCAGCAAAUCUUGUUUUGCUUUCUAACAUAUAUGCUGCAAACAAACAAUGGGGAGGAGUUUCCACAGCCCGGAAGCUUUUGAAGGAUAGCAGUGCAAAAAAGGAAAUAGGGAAGAGUUGGAUAAAUGCUAAAGGAAAGGUUCACAUAUUCAUCGUUGGGGAGAACCACCAUCCAAGAAUAGCUGAGGUUUAUGCUAAACUCGAGGACCUUAGGAAUGAGAUUGAUCGGCUAGAAUACAAACUUGAGGUUAAAUAUGAUCUUCAUGAUGUUGAGGCAGAUCAAAAGGAGAAGUUAUUAAGAUAUCACAGUGAGAGAUUGGCACUUGGUUUUGGGCUUAUUGAGUUGCCCAGUGGAAUCCCAAUCAGGAUAUACAAGAAUCUUAGAGUUUGUGGCGAUUGUCAUUUGUUUCUUAAAAUAGUUUCAAAGAUCACUGGUAGGGAAAUCAUUGCUCGAGACACAAAUCGGUUUCACCAUUUUAAUGGUGGAAAUUGCUCCUGUGGUGAUUUCUGGUAGAAAAGUCCUGUCUAAAGUUUGUUCUGUAAUCCCCACAGCUUCUAAUUGUUGAAAUGUAUACUGAAAGCCUAAGCUUUGUAAACAUUUAUUAUGAAUAAAGAAUCACAU